AUGGAAGGAAUUAGAAGGAAGAGGUUGGCUGUAUUGGUCGGGUGCAACUACCCCAACACUACAAAUGAACUGCGUGGCUGCAUAAACGAUGUGUUAGCCAUGCGAGACACUCUGAUCAAGAGAUUUGGGUUCGAUCCCUCCAAUAUUGAGUUACUCACUGAUGACGUUGAUGCUCCUUCAGGUUCAACCAUGCCCACUGGAGCUAACAUCAAGCAGGCUCUUUCUCGCAUGGUUGAUCAAGCUCAACCAGGGGAUGUCCUCUACUUUCACUAUAGUGGACACGGAACCAGAAUCCCCUCCAUGAAACCUGCCUUCCCCUUUCGCCACGAAGAAGCCAUCAUCCCCUGUGAUUUCAAUCUCAUCACUGAUUUGGACUUGAGGCAAUUCGUGAACCGGGUGCCCAAAGGAGCGAGUCUGACGAUUCUGUCGGACUCGUGCCAUAGUGGAGGGCUGAUUGACAAAGAGAAGGAACAAAUAGGGCCAUCUUCAGCUGUCCAAAACGAGACCACAAUGAACCUUAACUCCAAACCUAAGACCAUCCCCUUCUCCGACGUAUUACAACAACUCGCGUCCUUAACAAACAUAAGCAGCUCCGACGUGGGAACCCACUUGUUGGAGUUCUUCGGAUCCGAAGCCAGUUUGAGGUUCAGGGCGCCAUUUCUGGAGCGUGAUUUGUUCCCGCCUUUGAAGCCCGACGAGGGGAUUCUGCUCAGUGGGUGCCAGGCAGACGAAACCUCUGCCGACAUGGACCCCGCCGUCACCGGCGGAAAGGCCUACGGAGCAUUCAGCAACGCCGUUCAGAUGGUGCUCAAGGAUGAUCCAGCUCCGUUGAGUAAUAGGGAGGUUGUUGUAAGGGCGAGGAAGAUCCUUCGGUCCAGAGGCUUCGUGCAACAUCCUUGUCUCUAUUGCAGCGACGAGAAUGCUGAUGCUAGUUUCCUGAGCCAACAGCCUCAGGCUUCUGCGUUGUGACUUUAUGACGCAUGAAACACGUCCACGUUGUUCUCGAUGCAAAAGUUAACCAUGGCUGUGUAUUAUAUUCUGUGCAAUGGGUUGGAUGUUAUGAAAUAAACGUAAAAAUGACAUUCGUUGAUUCUAAUGUUAUUCCA